GAACCCGCGAGCCGGCCGGAGACUCCAGAAAGAGAGCCGCUUGCAGAGCGGGCGGGGCAACCCAUCGCCACUUCGGAGAAAGGAAAGGGCCGGGGUUGCUUGGCUCGCGGGUAGGUCGAGAAGCUCGCGAGGCGGGGCUCCGGCAGCCGCACACCGAAGCAGGCAGGUUGGGGCAGUUGCACCCCGUCACAUUUCGUCGCGGGAGGCGAGCGCUCCGCAAGAAGCCGCCUUCCUGAUCGGGAGGUGGGAGCCUCCGCCGCGUUCUCCCUGCGAAGGAAACGCGGGGCGCCUACCGGGCCGGGCGUGUGAGACCUGGCACUUGGUCGCCGGUCCAAGUCCCUGCCGAACUGCUCCUAGGAUGAGAUCAUAUUUUUCUAGAAAAACCAGAGGAGGAAAAAAUAUGCAGAAUCUCUGAAAAGUGAGCUAUGCCCUCUUCUGGAGUUGUUCAAAAGUAGGGCCAUGAAUCUGAAACUAAUAUUUGUAUCUGUACUGGCAUUUGGAGUAGCAGGUCUAAUUGUCUUCACAUAUCUGCAAACCUGCAUUGAAGAUCAACAUACAGGAUCUGAAGAAAAAAUGCAACUGCAGAGGAUUAAUCAGGAUUUUGGAAGCUACUCUACUGAGGAAUCUGAAAAAACAAGAGAAAAUUGGAUUGCAGGAAAGUAUUUUCACAAAGAGAGUAAAGCUUUGAUUGAGGGUGAAGGUUAUCAGGAGCCCAAUCAUUUUGAGAACAGAACAGAAGAUUCUUUGACUACUAAUUUUUCUGAAGACCCACAGAAGGUUCUUAAACAGCUCAGAGAAAUGAAUUUUUCCUCCAAUAAGCAUUAUUUAACUAAAUUCUUUAAUAGGAAGAAUAACUGGAAAGCCACCAAUGAGAUACAAGAGAGGCGGAAAUAUUUACUUCGUGAUAUUUGCCAAAAAUAUGGUAACAGAACCCAAAUUCCACUUGUGCACAUGGUCUCUAGAAUAUAUGUGGAAGAUAAAUACAAGCUCUUGUAUUGUGAGGUUCCUAAAGCGGGUUGUUCCAACUGGAAAAGGAUUCUGAUGAUACUUGGUGGUCUCGCAAAAUCUGCUGCUAAUAUUUCCCAUAAUAGCGUACACUAUGGAGAUCAUCUGAAGAAACUAGAUAGUUAUAAUAUAAAAGAGAUACAAAAGCGUUUAAAAACAUAUACCAAAAUUAUAUUUGUCCGUGAUCCAAUGGAAAGGUUGGUAUCUGCUUUUCGGGAUAAGUUUGAACAUCCAAACAUUUAUUAUCAUCCUGUAUUUGGGAAGGCAAUUAUUAAGAAAUACAGACCUAAUGCAGAUAAAAAGGCAUUGACAACUGGCUCAGGAGUGAAGUUUAAAGAAUUUAUACAAUAUCUAUUAGAUCCCUAUCGGCCACUAAGUAUGGAUACACAUUGGGAGCAAAUCAACAAACUUUGUUAUCCUUGUGAUAUCGAUUAUAAUUUUAUUGGCAAAUUUGAAACUCUGGAAAAAGACGCCAAUUACUUUUUGAAACUAAUAAAUGCUCCAGAUGAGCUCCUUUUCCCUCAUUUCAAAGACAGACACUCCACAGACAAAAGAACCAAUUCAGAAGUUGUAAGGAAAUAUUUGUCAGAAAUUCCUGCUACGGAGAGGCUGCAGGUUUAUGGCUUUUAUUACCUGGAUUAUUUAAUGUUUAACUAUACUGCACCAUAUGAGGCUUUCCAAUUUGAUGUAAUGCAUAAUCAGCCUUACCUAUAACUUAUGAAAAAGAAGUAUAUUUUUUUAAAUGGAGAAGCUUUUGAUUUGUUAAAAUUUUCAUAAAUGUAAGUGCCUAAAAUUUAGGAAAUAACAUAUUGCACUGUAAUGCCUGGCAACAAUAAUUUCAUAUUAGAAAAUUCUAGAACAUAAUGCAAUAUAAUUAAGAGGUAUUAAAACAAUUGUGUUUUAUUGUAUUUAUUCCACUGCUGCAAAUGCAUUUUUCUACAUUCCAGGGAACAGCAGUUAAAAGCUGGAUUUAUAAAUCUGAGAUAAGUUUUUUUUAUUAUCAAUCAAAUAAGGAAAUAUUAAAGUAGAAUCAAUAUGUGGGUUCUCAGAUAAAUGUAUGCAAUGGUUCAGCAUUAGCUUAUCUACCUGAAAAGCUCAUUUCUGUCUGGACAGAUAGUGCUUGGAAAUAAUAUAUACUCCAACUACUGAUUUUCCUACUGAUUUUUUUUUAUUAUUGGCCAGAAUUGUAGAUAAAAGCACACUAAAAAUAAAAAUAAAUAGUAAAUAGUUUACUAGAUAAUAAAAUACCUAGCUUCACUAUUGUAAUAUCAACUAUAAGACAAACAAUUCUUCAUUGUACACCUCAACCUUCAUAAUUUUGACAACAAUUUGAACACAUCUUUAUAUACAUCUUUAAUUACAUCUUUAAAUGCAUCUUUAUUAAAUACACCUUUAAAUAUUAAAUACAUCUUUAAAUACACCUUUAACAUUUAUUUAUUUCGUAUAUAAAUUCUUCAUAUUUUUAAUUGUAUACAUUCCUUGUUUGAUAUCAGUUACUCCAAAUAUAAGUUGUUUUACAAUAUUGCUUACUAAGAUCCAUUUCAUUAUCUGCACAAUUCUUUGCCAUCCUUGUAUUUAUUGCUGCAGGAUCAGAUAAUGUCACUUCAAUUUGUUUAGAAUGCAUUUUAAGCAUUUUUAAGUUCUUAAAUUAAUGUUUCAUAAUAAGGUGUCCUAUAUUUCAUAAAUGAAGGCAAAUAUAUGUGUCCCAGGAUAAUGUUGCAGUAUCUAAUCUGGGUUGGUCACCAGGAUUGUAGGUUUAGUCUUCCAAGUUUUAAAACUCAGGCACACUUUGGGCGCACAUUCUGGUGAGAGAGAAGGUCCCUGAGGUUGGGCUCCAGCAUGGGUCCAAAAGCAUGGAAGACUAAACUUACGGUAAUUGUGACUGACCUAUUUUUUAGCAUUGUUUCUAACUUAAGAAAUUCGAUAGAACUGGUAGUUAACUUUUUAUGCAAUUCAGCGAAUUGGCUGAAUAGCAUGCCUUGCCCCUCUCCUCCCAGCCACUUCAAAAUAAGCACAACAUGGAAGGCUUCCAUACUAGGAAAUAAGCCCAAUCAACACCUCUAUCUUCACCAAAAUAGAGUGACCUGUCAUCACGUCUUUUCAAGCACAGCCUCUCUUCCAAACAAUCCUAUGUAUAAGAUAAGCAAUGCACACUGAACUGAUCUGGAAGAGGAGGAGGGAGAAGGCGGCGGAUUUGAGCUACCUGAGCGGGCAUGAGUGAUCAGUUUGGUGCAACUGCCCUCUGUACAAGCAGUGCCUGACCGGAGUGUGGGAUUGUCCAGCGACCAAUCGAAAUUCAUUAUCUCAAAGGGUAAAAGCAACUGAGCAUCCGCAUCGCUUCCAGGCACUUCUCCACCAUUUGGGAUCUUCCCCCUUAGCCUUAAUUAGGGACAAGGUGAGAAAGGGCUGGGAGGGGAGGGCCAAAGGAAAGCCGGGUGAAGCGAGAUACCCCUUGACACGAGUAACAUUGAGUUGGCCAUGACCACCCAGUCACAUGACCACCCAGUCAAGCCUAUAGCUGGUCAUUAGGGCAGAGAACAGACAUUAGGACAGAGUUGUUAAAUUAUUUGAAUCCCACCACUGAUCCCAAACCCUAUUGUCCCACACACUUCAGCUCUAUCUCACUUGAAUUUAUUCUUGUAUCUUAAUAAUUAUCUUUAUUUCUUUGAAAUUAAUGAAUUCUGUGGGGAGGGGGGAGAACAUGACUGUUGAUUAUACAAAAGAAUUCUUCUUUCACUUCUUACAGCUCAUUCUAAUAAGAGUUGCAUUUUGUCAAAUACAAGCACAAAUUUGCCUUACUUUAAUAUGAAUAAGAACAAAGGUUUGUGGGAUGAAAACACAUGUGGCUACCAUGCUAACCAAUACUCAAAUCAGGAAUUCAGAAAAGGGCUGUGCGUAUACAACAUGCUGAAACACAAAGUAGCUAAUUGUAUUUCAAUUUAGUGUGUUGUAUAAAUCCUUCAUGUAAUUAGUGGUCAGCAUCUUGGAUGAAUCUAGCAAAUAAGAUUAAUUGAUUAAGCGUUGUUAAAUAAAUUAUGGACAAAUAAUACAGUUUAUGAAUGAUAGCUAAUUACGUAGCAUGGACAGUCCAGGAAACAAGCAGUUAUUUACAGUGCUGGAGGCAUGAGAUUCAAGAAUGAUGCUACCUCAACCUAAAUAUGAUUGAUCACUGCUCCAUGUCAGACUGCAAGGUGAAUGAAGGGGGAAAAUUCUGAAUACAAAUCUCAAGCCACACAGCAGAAUCUAUGACCUAAAACCCAAACCUUUCUCCCUGUAGGAUUUACCGACUUUGUUUUGAAGGGUCUUGUCUGAUUUUCAGUGAAUCUGCCAAAGGGUUCUUUCAGUACAUUGUAGACCUAUUGAUUUACUCAUUUUACAACAUGUAUAGCCUGCUCUAGUCUAAACAUUUUCUGAUAAAAAGAUAACUAAACUCAAGAAAAGAUAAUACAUGAAAGCACAUAUGGGUAAUAAAAAUAAUCAGUAAAAAUCUAAUACAUCAUAGUGUAAUUCAAUUCAACUAACCUGGAAUAAUAGUGCUUUGACUAUCAUUUGAAAUGCCUUUAGAGGGAGCUUGUACCUCCAAGGAAAGACACCUCAUAACAAGGGGCUAGCAAGUCACCCAGCCCAUCCCUCAUGAGCGUUCUGAAGUGAUGACAUUAAGCACUUUCUAGAUCAGGGGUCUCCAACCUUGGCAGCUUUAAGCCUGGAGGACUUCAACUCCCAGAAUUCCCCAGACAGCAAAGCUGCCUUGAAGUCCACCAGGCUUAAAUGGAUUAAAUGGAUUCUGGUUUGGUCUAGAUGACCAAACCAGAAGAGCACAUUUGCCGUGAGCAUUCUCUAGGUGAGCAUUCUCUAGGAGAGCUUUCAAGGUAACCGUCAAAUGAAUUGAGCCACAGAGCCUAAUUCAAUUAAGGAGAUGACUUCAAAAUUGUUGUUAUUCAUACCUGACUGGAUUGACCCAUGGAUUGGCUAGUCGCAAUUAAGUGUAACUAACCCACUGUAGCUUCCAUGUCAUCUCCCAAUUGCAGCCCUACAUAUAGAAAAGGGGUCUCCAACCAUGGCAACUUUAAGACUGGCGGACUUCAGCUCCCAGAAUUCCCCAGCCAGCAAAGCUGCUUUGAAAUCUGCCAGGCUUAAAGCUGCCAAGGUUGGAGACCCCUGUUCUAGAUGACCAAACCAGAAGAGAGCAUCUACUGUGAGCAUUCUCUGGGCCAUGAAGAGCUUUCAAGGUAACAAUCAACAGUUUGAAUUGAGCCACAGAGCCUAAUUCAACUAAGGAGAUGACUUCAAAAUUGUUGUUAUUCCUACCUGACUGGAUUGACCCAUGGAUGCCUAGUCGUAAUUAAGUGUAACUAACCCACUGUAGCUUCCAUGUCAUAUCUCAAUUGCAGCCCUACAUAUAGAGCAGGGGUCUCCAACCGUGGCGACUUUAAGACUGGCAGACUUCAGCUCCCAGAAUUCCUCACCGAGCUUUGCUGGGAGUUGAAGUCCGCAAGUUUUAUAGUUGCCAAGGUUGGAGACCCCUGAUAGAGAGCAUUGCAGGGAUUGAGCUGGAUUGUAAUCAGGAGACAAGUUACAAGUCAGGAAUGUUCCUUGACCAGGAAAGUUUAAAAUUAGUUCGCUAGCCAAGUCUGGGUGAAGGUUCCUGGGCAAUAGCUUUCACCCUCUGUUUAAUCAUCUCUACUUAAUCCUCCCAUCCAUCAAUCCCUGAGACCCAAUACAAUACUCCCAUUUCCCAAGAGCUUCUUGGCCUCCACAUUCUGUCUUAAAAGACUUCCUUCCAUGCCUUCUUUAGCCUUCUUCAUCUUUCGGGGGUGGGGUGGAUGAUGGAACUGUUAUUUUUCUUACCAGUUAAUAUUCUUCUUCAAGCCUGUCUAAUAUUUUGGGGAGCCAAGGUUAAUCUUGGCAACCAUCAAUACUCAACAGCUGCCAGAAACUGUUCUCCAACAGCAGCUGGGUUUCAGCAGCAGUAAUUUACCACAGUUCCUUGAGUUACUCAGUUCUUAUUCUUUUGUGCUUGGCAUGUUCUAUCCCUAACCUGUCUGCUCAAUCCAACUAAAAUGAAAUGUUCCUUACCUGUAUAAAAUGAAGCCAAAGAUACAACUGUAGCCUCUGCCUCUCAUUCUGGACACAUUUUCUGAUUUAGAAAGCACAUCAAAUUUAGAGUGGUGAUUUCUAACAUAGUGAAAAUCUGGAAUGGUUCUGAAUGAGAUAGUACAUAAUUUUAUUCUCUUUUUUUUUUGUAAAUUUGCGAAUUGAUGAAAGGUAAUCAUUGUAAAUGGUUUUCAUGCCUAAUAAGUUUACAAGUUGUAUAUAAAAUAAAUAAAGGUUGCUUAAGCUAUUCGGAUAAUAAUGGCUGCUUUUCUUGGAUACUUAGAAUAGAAUAGAAUAGAAUAGAAUAGAAUAGAAUAGAAUAGAAUAGAAUAGAAUAGAAUAGAAUAGAAUAGAAUAGAAUAGAAUUUUAUUGGCCAAGUGUGAUUGGACACACAAGGAAUUUGUCUUGGUGCAUAGACUCUCAGUAUACAUUAAAAAAAAGAUACCUUCAUCAAGGUACAACACUUACAACACUUAAUGAUAGUCAUAGGGUACAAAUUUAACACUUAAUGAUACAACACUUAAUGAUAGUCAUAGGGUACAAAUAAGCAAUCAGGAAACAAUAUCAAUAUAGAUCAUAAGGAUACCAGCCAGAAAGUUACAGUCAUACAGUUAUAAGUGGAAGUGGGUGGGUGAUGGGAACGAUGAGAAGAUUAAUAGUGCAGAUUUAGUAAAUAGUUUGACAGUGUUGAGGGAAUUAUAAUAAUAUUAUAAUAAUAAUUAUAAUAUAAUAAUUAUAAUAAUAAGAUAUACUUAUUUCCAAAAUCAUGUCAAAUUAAUGUAAUCCAGAUAUGAUCCUAAAAGAGAACUUAUUCUAAUGAUGCUUAUGUUCUUUCAUGGAAGAAAUUUGUUUGGGUUUCAGGAGUUAAAGAAAAAACAAUGGAGGCAAUUUCCAUUUUUCUAUUUGAAGCAUCUUUUUUUUCUCUCCUUGUUUCGUCUGCCUUGAGAUUUCUGGAGGAAGAUCAUCUAUCUCUUGCAAGUAGUCUACUAUAAAUAGCUCCUUUGCAAUGAAAGACUGGAAUUAAACUUAGAAUCUCAUGUGACUCAAAGGCUGCAGGUUGUCCAUCUUUACCAAAGUGAUUCACACUCCUACAAGGAUAUUCUGUACAGUUUUCUGACAUUACAACAGUUUUCAGAAAUGAGAAGUUUUGUUUAAUAUCGCUUAGCUUCAAUUUGCAGCUUCCGAAAAUUUUCAGGUGACUUUAUCUUACUUAGCUAGAACAUGAUGGCCAACUAGGAUAUUGAUAAGGUUGAACACAAUAACAGUUUCAGAAGAAGUUUUAAAUUUCUUUAAAUCUUUGUGAAUUUUUUACUCAAGUUUGGGAAAUUUUUACUCAACAUUCAUCUUCAUCAACAACUAUGAUCAUAAACCAAUGAUCGCCUGCUUGAAGAAAAUUCAGCAUUCUUCUCUAAAAUAUGAAUAAAUAUGAGGCUUACCACAUCACAGGGCUAGAAUGUUUACAGCAAAGUUGAAUUGCUUUCUGCUCCUGCAGAAGUAGAUUUUAUUUAGGUCAGUUCAGAAAAAUAAAUGUUGGCACAGAUCUCAUGGCAAUAAAUGCAUUUCACAAAACAACAUGUUCUGGGAAUGGCUUUCUUUUUAUGUUGCUCCCCUAUUUAAAUUCCCCCUUUUGUAAUUUCUCUUUGUUCGUUUCCUCUUCUUUCAACUUUAUUCUUUGCUCCCCACAUUCUUGGCAGCAAGUUUAAGCAGACCAGAUUUCCAACUCAAGGGAAUGUAGAUCUGAAUAACAAUGAUUUGAGAUGAAGAUAGCAUGAGAUUCCAUGGAGUGUUCCUUACUUGUUCUUGAAAACUGCAUUACUCCUCAAAAUUGUUCCAAGCUAAGAAUACUCUCUACAUAGGCUUAUUAUUAAAGUAUAGCCAAAUUGGUGCAAAGGAUGGAUCUAUUUUAUAAAAUGUACUAAUUAAAUAAUUUUGUAAGAAUGUCAUUUCAAGUUUUAAAUAUGGUGUUUAUCUCCAACUGAUAUCACAACAGGAAGAAGACAACAUUUAUAUCACAUUUGUGUUAUUUUCAAAUAAUGAAAGAACAUUUGAUUGAAUUUGGAUUAGUUUCAAGAUCAUUAGUUGAGAAGAGUUAUUAGAGUUAUAUAAAACAUAGCAGACUGGUAAUUACACCAGACUUUAAAAACCUAGCUAUCUACUUUAAAUCUACAAAGAAGAUGAAUGGACUGAUUUUUCUUUUUUAAGUCAGAAGUGGCUAUUAACCACAGUCUUUUCUGUACGCUAAAAACCUUAGAAAUUAGAUGGGCUUUAGAAGUCCAUAUCAGGCUUUUUUUUAAAAAAAUGCAUUUCAGCAUAAACUAAUACUGAGGAAUUGCCAAGUCAGUCAAAUUUAAGAAGAGAAACACAUUUGUAAAACAUUUUCCAUACAAAUAUUUUAAAACCUGAGAGUUACGUGCAGAAGCCUAGUGCAAAGCAGCUACCAAUUCACUUUCAGUUCUGUUUUUCUUUCAGAAGAUUUUUUUUUUUGCCAGAGAAAACAAGAUCUUCCAGAAUACAUUCACACUAAACUAUCCAUUUUCUUUCUGCCAAAUUUUUUUCUACUGGCUGAGUUGUGUUGGUAUGCUGAAUGAGGGGAGCUGGGCACCUGUCAUUCAGAAUCAGCAGUUCAUUCGUGGACAUUCUGUUUGCGUUUAUUAGAUAAUAACUAAAUGUAUUGGCUUGGAAAGAAACAAUGAGUUUCUUUUUGUGGUAGUGAAAAAUCCAGGAUUUGUCAUCCAAUCCUCUGAUACAAAGCCAGUGUUUUAAGUUUAAUAUUAAAGGGUAUCCUAAAUAAAACAUGGACAUGAUAUGAGCCAAGUUUUUUCAACCAUUUGGACUCUUAACUUCCACAGUCCACUUGGUUUAAGUGGUGAUCCAACACAUUUUGAGAGCAUCAAGGUUAGAAUUAGUGGAAUGAAUGAUGGUUUCAUUUACUUCUUUAAGUAGUUCUUGACGUACUUCCUAAGAGAAAUGAGGCCAAGUGAAUAUUGUCAGAAAAGUGCCGGUGAAAAAUAUUUGAGGCUCUUUAGUCAUUCACUGAUUCCUAGGCUUGUUUGUCAUGUUGUUUCUGAUAAUAGUCCAGAUCAGAGGUGGGUUUCAGCAGGUUCUAACCAGUUCUGGAGAACCGGUAGUGGAAAUUUUGAGGAGUUCAGAGAAUCAGUAGUAAAAAUUCUGACUGGCCCCGCCCCUAUCUAUUCUCUGCCUCCCAAGUCCCAGCUGAUUGGGAGGAAAUGGGGAUUUUGCAGUAUCGUUCCUCUGCCACGCCCACCAAGCCACACCCAAAGAACUGGUAGUAAAAAAAAUUUGAAACCCACCACUGCGUUCCACCAGAAGCCCUAGUAAAAAAAAGGACAGAAGUCUUCAAAUGACAAGCAGAAGUUGAGUUUAUGUGCUACCUUAAGCCUCUGUUUAUUAAAUUUCUUGAAUAAGUUACAAUUUGCUAGGUUCCCAAAUGGCACAAAAGUGAAAACCAAAUCAAGUACCAAAUAAGAUGUAUAAAUAAGGUGUAAAUUCAAACAGUAUCUCUUUUUAAUGGAAAAUGCCUUAUACAUUGCAGUCCUUCCUGUUAGCCCUGCUGUUUUGUGCUAACACUUUACAGAUAUUUUUAGCAGAUGAAUAUUAUCAUCUAUAACUCAACAGAAGUUGUGGGGGUGUUUAAACAAUUUGAGUGUGUGAAGGGCCUUUCUUCCUUGCUUCCCAGUAUAGGACUCUCUUCUAACCCUUUUCCUGCUGGAUGAGGCAGUGUGAGUGGUAAAGAGAAUCUUCUGUAUGGAAUUGAGGAGAUAUCUAGCCAUAAUAACAUUAUUAUUUAUGCCUUAUUUAUUUAUGCUUUAUUUAUUUAUGCCGUAUGCCACCAAGCUUGAAAUUUUGAACCUGGACAAGCUAGAACUAUGCCGCCUACGGUCUGACCUAAGCUUAGUAACAAAAUUGUCUGCUACAACGUCAUACCUGUCAAUGACUUCUUCAGCUUCAACUGCAA